AUGCGACGAAUCCCAUCUCCCUUGAGUUAUCUGUUCCUACACUUCUUUGCAUUCUGCUACUAUGCUCAGGUAACCAAUCAGUCCCCGCCUAAUUUCACGCAGCAUGUAAGCGACCAGAGUAAAGUGACGGACCGGGUGAGCCGCAGGUUAAUUCGGACCUACCAACUUUAUAGCCGAACCAGUGGGAAGCACGUGCAAGUUCUCCCCAAUAAGAAGAUCAACGCCAUGGCGGAUGAUGGAGAUGUUCAUGCCAAGCUUGUCGUGGAGACGGACACAUUUGGAAGUCGCGUGCGGAUCAAGGGAGCCGAGACUGGAUUCUAUAUCUGCAUGAACAAGAGGGGGAAGCUGAUUGGAAAGAAAAAUGGGCAAGGCCGUGAUUGCAUCUUCACAGAGAUCGUACUGGAGAACAACUACACGGCGCUGAGGAACGCUCGCUACGAGAAUUGGUACAUGGCCUUUACCCGACGCGGUCGCCCACGAAAAGGCUCACGGACGCGCCAGCACCAACGCGAGGUUCACUUUAUGAAGAGACUUCCUCGCGGACAUCAACCCAUCCACCAGGCCCACCAACGGCCGUUCGACUUCAUCCAGUACCCUUUCAGUAAGAGGACUAAACGCACACACCACUCAGCUGAGCGCUGAGGGGGAAGACAGAAGGAGAGAGAAACACUGACUGACAAAGCAGGCGCAAUCUCUU